AUGAUUUGGGAAGCUGGGAAGCAAAUCACCAUCCUGAUCAACAUUUGAAUUUCAAGUGCAACACUGGCAAUCAGAACGGUUCCUUGGUGAAUUCUUCUACCAGGAACGGUGUAGCUAAUCUUUCUUGAUGGUGAACCCAUUUGGGCUUGUGUGCCACCCUUAUAACACUUCUCAGGCCAUCACUGGGAAUGCUGUAGCGGUAGCUUCAGUUCAUUUGCCACAGUCUGUCUUCUCUCAGUCUUCAGCCUGGCAAUCUGUUGAUAACUCCACUUGCAAGCUACAGUUUAUUGUCUUUCGGAAUGGAAAACUCUUUCCUAGCACAGGAAACUCAUCAAAUCUUGCAGAUGAUGGGAAACGUAGGACGGUUGCCACACCAGCUGUUUUUGCUAAAAUAGAUGGGUGCAGUUUUGGAAACCUCACCAGCCCUCUUACUAUAGGGUUGAGGCACUUUGCACGGGGUAUAGACCCCAUUGCAGCCUUCUGGGAUUUUGACCUUCUAGAUGGACAUGGAGGCUGGUGGGGAGAAGGGUGCCACAUAAUUAGUUCUGCAGGCAAUAUUACCACCAUUCAGAGUACACACUUCAGUAACUUUGCAGUGCUAAUGGAUUUUAAGACAGUGCUGUCUUUCCCCCAGUACCCAGGGGAGUUUCUGCACCCUGUGGUAUAUGCAUGUACUGCAGUUAUGUUGUUGUGCCUGUUUGCUUCUAUUAUCACCUACAUUGUCCAUCACAGCACAAUCCGAAUAAGUAGAAAAGGAUGGCACAUGCUUCUCAACUUUUGUUUUCAUACUGCUCUUACGUUUGCUGUUUUUGCUGGUGGAAUCAAUCGCAUUAAAUAUCCAAUUAUAUGUCAAGCUGUUGGCAUAGUACUACAUUAUUCUACACUCUCUACUAUGCUAUGGAUUGGAGUAACUGCCAGGAAUAUUUAUAAGCAAGUCACAAAAAAACCUCAGCCAUGCCAAAACACUGACCAACCUUCUUAUCCAAAGCAACCACUACUCAGAUUUUACCUGAUUAGUGGUGGAGUUCCUUUUAUUAUAUGUGGAAUUACAGCAGCAACCAAUAUCAAUAAUUAUGGGAUUGAAGGCAAUGCACCAUAUUGCUGGAUGGCAUGGGAGCCUAGUCUCGGUGCUUUUUAUGGGCCAGUAGCAUUCAUUGUGCUAGUCACCUGUGUUUACUUUCUCUGCACUUAUGUGCAACUGAAGCGCCAUCCUGAACGCAAGUAUGAAUUAAAGGAAAAGACAGAAGAUCCGCAGAGAAUGCCAAGUACUGAAGUGAGCCACGGUCAUAUUACAGACUCUGUGCCUGUUCCCCAGGCAACCUGCUCCAUGAUUUCUUCUUCCUUGUUGGAAAAUGAGCAUUCAUUUAAGGCUCAGCUUCGAGCUGCAGCAUUCACUUUGUUUCUGUUUACUGCCACUUGGACCUUUGGAGCACUUGCAGUAUCUCAAGGUCAUUUCUUGGAUAUGAUAUUUAGCUGUCUUUACGGAGCCUUCUGUGUGACCUUGGGGCUUUUUAUCCUGAUCCAUCACUGUGCAAAGCGAGAUGAUGUGUGGCAUUGCUGGUGGUCCUGUUGCCCAUCUAGAAGAAACACCUAUUCUGUACAAGUUAAUGUGCGCCCAAAGGUUAACGUCAAUGGUGACACUCAAGUUCAUGCACCUUGUCUUCAGGAAUCACCAUGUCCCAACAAAUCAGCUGUGUUUAAUCACCCAGCAGCUAGCCACUGCAAACUUACUAACCUACAGGCAGUUCAAAAUCAUGUUAACUGCCUUUCGCCUGUGACACCAUGUUGUGCAAAAAUGCACUGUGAUCAGCUACUUGAUGACGAAGCUCACAUUCACGUCCACAACGAGGGAACCUUCAGACCCAAUAUGCACAUUCAUAGAUGUCUGAAAAGCAGAACUAAGCCACGUUAUUUCAGUCGGCAUAGGUCUGCAGGUGAAAGAGAAUAUGCCUAUCACAUUCCUUCAAGUAUCGACGGCAGCAUCCACAGCUCACAUACAGACAGUCCCCACAGUACACAUGAUAGCCAGUCAGGUCACAGACGGGCCUGCUGCUCAAAAAGUGAUCCAUAUCCUACUGUCAACCAGCCCGAAAGUAGCGAUGCAAGUACUGUAAUAUAUAGUUGUGCUAAAAUGCCAGAAAGUGACACUGUGCACCAUCCAGCUCAUUUUGAAAUGCACCCACGGACACAGUCAUUGCCAUUUAAUACGACAAAUCACAAUGGAAUUCUCAAGGGAAACGUGCAUGAAGCCAUGAUAUACAGCUCAGAUAGUACAGGAAAUAUCAAAACUGGCCCUUGGAAGAAUGAAACUACUGUGUAGUUCAUGGGCCCUCAUAAUGUGUUCUUUUCCCUAGCCAUCAUUAUCUUUGUUUUCAUUCCAAACUAAGUAAGAUGAAAUAUUUGUGUAGCUCAUCAGUAAACUGUACAGCUUUUCCAUCUUUAUUUCCAUUUUCUUAAUAAGAGUCUAAAAGAGAGAGAUAGUGACAGUUUUAAAGUGAAGUUAUUUUUAAAAGAAAGUUAUAAAAUUAUACUGAAAGAUAAUCAGAAAAUGAAGUCUGGACAAUUGAAUAUGAGAGGCAAUAUCCUUUUGUUACACAGAACAACAUUUCUUCAGAAAUAUAUCACUUUCAUUCAUUGUUUUCACUUUUGUUCUGUAGUAACUUCAGACAGUUUUUAUAAACAUAUCAGCAUCUUAAACUUUUACUUAUUUAUUUUUGUAGCAAAAUACUAUUACUGUGCCAUGGAUUUUAAUCAGAAGUGACUAUGGUAGAAUUGAUAAACAGUAUUUUAUAAAAUUAUGGCUUUUUAGAUCUACAAAAGUGAUACUGCCUCUAAAGAUCUUCUGUAGCAUAUGGCCUGUAAAGUCGUGUAAUGUACAGUCUCUGUUCUGUCCUUUUUCUUGUUGGAGAGAAGUGCUAGGUAAUGUCUCUGUUACAUCUAUGGUGCUGUAUUGGUUGUAUUUUGCAUGACAUAUGUCAGGAUAUACCAUUUGCUGUUUUCUAGUGUUACAUGUGUUAAAAAAAAGAACAAAAAAAAGAGUGUUGUACAAGGCUGUGAAAAACCCUAUUGAUAUUAAUCUAGAGCAUUAUAAAUCUACAGAAAAAAAAUCACUCUGCACUAGUUUAAGUGGCACAAUCCUUUGUAUAAGGUUAUAUGAUAGCUUUGAUAAGGGUCCACUCUAAUGUCUUUACAGAGCAUGCACUACUCAUUGUAUGUGACACUGUGCGGUGUAAUAGCAAUUGUCUCAACAAGUUUUACACUUCUUUGUAAAGUAUGCCUUUUGAACAAAUCUGUAAGCUGUUUCAUGAUGACCUUUCCACAUCUGUUAAGGUAGAGCAGUUUUAUCAUUAACUCUUUGAGGACUACAGUUAUUUUCUUAAAGUAGCAUAUUCUAGUUCAGAGACACUGUAUAUAUGAUAUUGUCUAUUUAGUUACAUGAUCAAUGUAGUCCAGAGUUGUCAGGAAAGAGAAAGUUCAGUAAUUUUCCAAAAACACACCUUCUUAGAGUCCACUAUUAUUUUCACCACUUGCUUUCUGAAAACCCAUUUCCUCCCCGAGCAAAUUUCAGAUUGUCUUCAUCCUUUAAUGCAAAUUUGACCUUCAGAGAAGUUCUUUAUGUUCAUGAUUUCUGCGGAGUUGUAGGGCAUUCCAGGGUCAGCACCAUUCUCUAUUAACAAGGCUCUUGGCAAGAAAUUUUUUCAUGUUUCCAUGAACAUCUGGACACAAAGCUUCAACUCACAGUACAGAACCACAUCAUAACCCUCUAUGAAAUGAAACUUCUUUUUUCGAAUAGGAAGGGUGCAGAAUAAUAAGGGAUCAUAGAAAGCGAAUAGGAGCACAGAGCUGUGAGAAAAAUGUCUACAGUGGAAAGCGAGCAGUGCAUCCAUAAGUAAGAGAAAAAGCACAAUUCUGUAUGGCCACAUGAGAAAGUUUGCUGUCAUGUCUUCACACAGGCUUAUGUAAUUGCUACAUUGCUGCAGAGAGGAAGUAGAAAAUUCCCUUGAGAGAUCAUCAGCCUGCAAUUCUCUGUGUAUAUGUUGCAAAAAAUCUUCACAUACUUCAGCCCAUUAUUUUUCUGUUACUAGCAGUUUAUUAGUCUCUACCUUUUUUUUUAAAAUAUGUAGGAAUGCAUUUCCUAAUAGUGUACAUAAAGAUGACAAUUAUAAUUGUUAGAAUGUUAUAAAAACAUGUAAGUCAGAUGAAUGUGUUCUGCAGUGUUGCAGGUGGGAAUUAGUACUCAAAGGGUUAAUGCUCAGUAUCUGAGUGCAAGAAAUCUUGUUUUUCUGUAUUUUUGUAAAUUUGAAAUAUAUAUUGUAAACUCCAGCAGUGCAAUGUAUCCAUCUCAGAUUGUGUAUUUUUAAAAGGUGAGCAAGAAGAAUGCACUAGGUGGUUGUCAAGUUUUAAGCCAAUAUACAACAGUUUCAUGACUGCUUCUUUAGCUAAUACAAAAAAAAACCAAACGCCUGAGCUUUAUUAUGUAUAUGCUGUACAUGCUUGAACUGU